GGAUGGGCCCAGUUACAGUCGGUCCAUUUCGUUAAUGAGAAACUGCCAGUUUUUCCCAGUAAAUUUCUCGUUGGUGGUGAACUAUCUCGAUUCCGAUAUUCUCAUCUAAUCUGUCGGAACUUCCAACCUGAGUUUCCGAUCGUGUAGAGAAGGCAAAUAAACCGUGAACAUCAUCGUCCUCGUCGCUUUUAAAUCGAAGGCGAGCGACGAUGCCGAAGAAGAUGGGUGUGAACAGUAAAGCCGAGGAGGCUAGGGCUCGCAAGACCGCUGCCGAAACGGACCGCAAGGAGCGAGAGGCUCGUUCCAAGGAGGACCAGCUCUGGCGCGAAGCCGAGGGCGCCAAGUCCCGCGCCUCCAAGAAGCGGGAGGAAGAAGCCGAGAAGAAAGCCGAGGCUGCCGCGCGUCGCGCAGAGGUUCGCCGCUUGGCCGAGCAGGAGGAGAAGGAGCUCGAGAAGUUGAUGAAGAAGCCUGAUAAGAAGGCCAACAGAGUCUCCAUCCCUGUCCCUAAGGUCACCGAGGCGGAGCUCAGGCGCCGCCGUGAGGAGGAACAAGCGGCUCUGCACAAAAAAGACGAGGAAGUGAAGAAGCGCCAUAGCCGGACUGCUGCUGAGGAGGAAUACGAGAGGAUGGUCCUUGUAACGAAUACGAAUCGUGACGAUUCUAUAAUUGAGGCCAGGACGGUGGAGGAUGCCAUUGCUCACAUGACCGUCGCUGAUACCUUACCUCCUGAUCGCCAUCCGGAGAGGAGGCUCAAGGCUUCGUUUAAGGCUUUUGAGGACGUUGAGCUCCCCAGGCUGAAGGAGGAAAAACCAGGCCUUACUCACAAUCAAUACAAAGAUAUGAUAUGGAAGCUAUGGAAGAAAUCUCCUGACAAUCCCCUUAACCAGGUUGCUGAGUGAUGACAAUUUCGUUUGUACUUUAUGACGAUUAAGGGUUCUUUCUCCUGGAUUAUGGUCAAUCAUGAUUGCACUUCAAUGAGGCACACACAUUUGUUGUUUGAACACAUGUAUCGUUUCUCUCAUAAUGUAUGUGGUUUAUCCACUCAAUAAUAUCUGAAAUACAAUAAGUAAUAGUAUCCUCUCCACUUUCGUUUGCUAUAUAUCUUUAGCUUUCUUGUGUUAAGGUUUCAGAAACUGCCGAAUUGUUUUUUCUUUUUCUUUUGGUCUUUGACUCUGUAGACACACUUUACUGAGGUAUAAAAUUGUAUAUGCGGUGAA